GUGUUUUCAGCUAAACAACACAUCAACACCCUGGGCCACCAGCUCCAGAUGAACCAGCACUGCCUGGACACGGCCUUCAACUUCUACAAGAUGGCCCUCAAUAAAAGCCUGACACGCGGCCGCAAGUCUGAUCACAUGAUGGCCGCCUGCAUCUACCUGGUCUGCCGCACCGAGGGAACGCCUCACAUGCUGCUGGAUCUCAGUGACAUUUUGCAGGUGAAUGUGUUUGUGCUGGGAAAAACCUUCCUCAUGCUGGCUAAAGAACUUUGCAUCAAUGCUCCAGCUAUAGACCCAUGCCUUUAUAUACCCCGUUUCACCCAAAUGCUGGAAUUUGGCGAGAAGAGCCACGAGGUCUCCAUGACAGCACUGCGACUGGUUCAGCGGAUGAAGAGGGACUGGAUGCACACGGGAAGGCGGCCAUCUGGACUCUGUGGAGCAGCUCUUCUGGUUGCUGCUCGUUUGCACGACUUUUGCCGCACCACCAAAGAAAUCGUGAACGUGGUGAAGGUCUGUGAGAACACGCUGAGGAAAAGGCUGACGGAGUUUGAGGACACACCCACAAGUCAGCUGACCAUAGAAGAGUUCAUGAGGGUAGACCUGGACGAGGAGUGUGACCCACCGUGUUUUACAGCCGGGCUGAGGAAGAAAAAAGACCAGCAGCUGAAACUGGAGCUCCAGAAAAAGAUAGGUGACUUUGAAGAUGAAAUCCAGGAAUUCCAGGAUGAAAUAGAUGCAGAGCUGGAGAGCUGCAGGCCCAAGCUGAGAGGAGUUUACGCUGCCUACACCAAGGAAGAUAUCUUAAGUGAUGACAGCAGCUCCUCGUCAUCUAAGGAGGAACCGAGCGAAGGCGACGAGCUUCACGCCGUGGCGAAGCACUUCGGUAGAGAGCUGGAAGAGCUCACCCUAGAAGCUCUCAUCAAACUAGAGGGGGGAGAGUUAGAGGAGGAGGACCAGGAGGAGAAUGUCCCCAAGCGAAAAGGUCCCUCACUGGCUUCCAUACUGGGAAGAAUGACCUCCUCGUCCUCUCUGGGCCUCUCAGAGACCUUCAGCCACUCUGUCAGGGACGACGUGGACAUCGAUGGUACUGCUGACAGCGGAGAGCUGGACCUGAGUGGCAUAGAUGACAGUGAGAUCAAUUUGUAUCUGCUGAGUGACAGAGAAGUCCAAAUCAAAACUGCACUCUGGAUGGCAGAAAAUGCAGACUACCUAAAAGCGCAAAAAGAAAAGGAAGCAAAGAUCCAAAAAGAGAAGGAACUUGGGAUCUAUAAAGAAAAAAAGCCCAGACGGCCUUCAAAGAAGCACCCUGCCAUCAGAGCCAGCACUGCUGAUGAGGCCAUUGAGAAGAUGUUGGAGCAGAAGAAGAUAUCCACCAAGAUCAACUAUGACGUGUUAAAGGACCUCGUCGUGAAGCCUAGCAGCAGCCCGGCUGGUGCAGAGGACUCACCGAAGGUGGGGCCACCGGCCCCUAGGACGCCUGCCUGCACCCGCAGACCUGCGCCCACUAGAACCCCACUGAGCCUCAGCAUGCCGCUCAGCACUCUGGGAAAACGACUGCAGCCGUUCAUCAGCAGACAACCCAACAAGAAGCUGGCUGUGGAGCAGACUAAAGCCCCUCCCCCCAAGGAAGCGACUGCAGAGGCCCCUCCCAGUGCAGCUGUUGUCGAGAGUGGACCCGUCCUGUAUGACGAUGUAGACGAGGAAGAGGAUGAAGAGGAGGAGACCUGUGUCAGUGCCAUGGAGCUGCUGGGCGGCGACGGUUAUGGAUGUGAUGGGGAUUAUGAUGAUGGAUACUAGCCGCAUCGUCCACCUGGCUCAUCAUUCCCAGCCGGCCUUGGAAUCCGAAGUUGUAGCCGACCUUCACUAACAGGAACCUAAAACAAGCUGCUAAGGAUCGGACACAGGAGUAGAGGUUUACAGAACGCCGUGCUGCUUUGACCUGGUGAUCGGAUGCUGGCGGAGCGUGGUUAUAAUGCUGCUCUUUGAACGGCCCACUGGAUUGUUUGCAGGAUGGACUUUUGUAUUUUUUUAACCUGCAGAAACAACCUUUCAGGAAGAUCCACCUCCAGUCAGAAAGACGCUGAGACUGUUCUGGACUUGUUGCUCCUGUACUACAUCACUCCUGAGACCUUCCAUCCAGAUCUGUGUUGGUUUUGUUUUGUGAUUAGUUGUUCUCAUUACCUUUUGGAUGGAAGUUGAAACGGAAUAACCUUCCCCUGUUUACCUUCUGCUGAAGCUGCAUCAUAACAUCUUUAUAUGGAAGUAACAUCUGAUUCAGGUUCUGUGUUGCUUCCAAUGUCCUUUGGAGGGCUCAGAAAGCUUUCAAAUUAGAAGUUGGAAAUACAUUUUUGUUAAUAUAUUUUGCAUUAUGGAGUUUUGUCAGGGCUGAGAUCUCUUUUUGAAUGAUUGCAUGUUAAGGUGAGUAUUAUUUUUGCUGAAUUGACAGAGCAGUAUUCUUGAAGUGAUGACUGUGAUUAUGUAUCUAUGUAGUACAUUAAAGACAUCACUAACUGGGA